CUCUUUGCUGCAACAACCCAGUUCUAUCACUCUAAAUAGCUUAGCUUCCGACAUCUUUAAUGCAAGAGAAAGUUAAGCACACAGAGACAUCAAAGCUUAAAGGUAAAAAUGGCGUUCGUGGUGAGAUUGGUCCCUGGGGAAUGGAAAAAAGAUGAAAACGGCUUUUUCGAACACGUCUCACAUAUGGAUGGGUUUGCACUAGGAGUACGCCUGCGAGAGCAAGAUGGGUUUGCGAAAGUGGUUAUGGCGGUAAAAGAAAAGUUAGCACUGCGUCCUGAAGACAAUAUCGAGUUAACGUACCAGUGGCCACAGUGGAUGAUGGGCCCUGAUUGGAAACGUGCAAACCCGAUCGACAUAUUAGACGAUGAGGACAUGACUCUGUUCAUGGCGAUAAGGGCCGAUCUAGAUGAAGUCCAUCUGCGGGUGAGGAUUAUACGAGGUGGGACUGAGCGAAACGUUAAUAGUUAUCGGAGUAACAUGGAUCUAAGCGGCCUAAGUUCAAAAGAAAUAUCCGAUAAAUACUGGAAUAACGCAGAAACCAGGGCUGUCUGGGGAUCCGCGCUAACACGAAUGUUACUGCGUAACAUUUCAGGUGACGCAGAAAGUAUGACAACCAUGGGGAAGGAGAACGAGGUGAACAUAAGUAAAGGCGGUGAGCAUCGCAACACGUAUGAAGGGGUAACCAUAAGAGACAACAUGGAAAUUACAGGCGGAACUAGCGGGAUGCCACAAAAAGUAACACACCCCGGAGCAAUUACAAGCUUAAAGGGAAAAGAGAAAGUUGUUGAAGACGAGGAGAGGGAGAGGGACCGUUUAUUUGAAAUGUGGCGAAAAAACCAACAGGAAGAAAUGUGGCGAGAGAUGUGUGCAACCCAAAUGACCCUAGGAGGAACUCAAACUAAUGCAACAAAAGUGAGCGACAAAGAGAAAACAGCGAGGGUCCUAGAUUUCGGAAGUAGCGACCAGUCAAAGCGAGAUCCAAAUGCGGAUUUGCGUCUAACUCUAGCGAGUUCAAAAGCACCAGCUGUUGGGCCGCCGGUGGUCGCUUUAUCGUCAAGCGAUUCAACCUUCGGAACGCCAACCUCGCUUUCGAGAAGCAUUUCUUUCAGUACCGAAGACCUAAUGGAGGAUAGUGAGUCGUCGAACAACAACAGCUUAUCGCUAUUAGGUGACGAAACACUGGCACACUUUUACUCUGAUGCUGAUGGCCCUCUGAUUAUGGAUCCUCAACCUAUCACAAUGAUAGAUAAAGGCAAAAGUAUCAUGAUAGAGGACGGAUUAUCAACUAAAGAAAUAGGGAUGCCAUCAACUAACACAAGAGUAUCCGAUGUACAGAGGAAUGAGAUGAUCGUGAAGGAUACACCCGUUCCAACGGUAUUCUAUGACAGCGAUGCACCCCCAUAUUUCGACGAUCCAGGGGAGGAAGAUGCUCUCCAACGAGCCCUAAAGGAUGCUGAUUACGAAGGAGAUGACAUUUACAUCGGGAGGAUUUUUAAAACCAAAGAGGAUUGUGCAACCAAAUUAGCUAUUCAUGCGAUUCGCCGGAAGUUCCAUUUCAUAUACGCGAAAUCCGGACCUAAUGUUGUGGCGGCUGUCUGCGUCAGCCAUACAUGCCCAUGGCGGGUUUAUGCAACAAAGCUGGCAGAUAGCGAUAGGUUCGAGGUAAGAAGCACAACACCAAACCACACAUGUAGCGUGGAUGCUAGAGGAGACUUCCACAAACAAGCUUCAACGGCUGUAAUUGGGAAGUUAAUGCGAACAAAAUAUAUUGGAGUAGGCAGGGGACCACGAGCUAAUGAGCUGAGAAGGAUGCUACGCCAGGAAUUCAGCCUCAACGUUUACCCAAUGUCAUCUCAUGCUGCUUGCAUCGUCCAUCUGAAAAGGAACAUUGAGCUUUACUUUAAAUCUGAGGAGCUAAGUGCAUUGGUUUCGUGUGCAGCGAGGGCUUAUCGCCUAAGUGAUUUCAACCGGCUUUUUGCUGAAAUUAGGGCUAAACAUGGGCCAUGCGCUGACUACCUGGCAGGUAUUGGGUUUGAGCAUUGGACGAGAUCCCAUUUUGUUGGAAAUAGAUAUAACUUCAUGACAAGUAAUAUAGCGGAGUCGCUAAACAAUGUGUUAACCAUGGCUCGCGAUUACCCGGUAAUCUCAAUCUUAGAGUCUAUCCGCACAACUCUGGUGACAUGGUUUGCGCUUAGGAGGCAAGCUGCCCAGCUUGAGGACAAUAUCCUACCGCCAAAGGUGAACGAUAUGGUAAUCGAAAAUUACGAGAAAGGAGCAGGAUGUGCUGUAAUAAAGAUUGGGGAAGGGCUAUAUGAAGUUAGAGAAAAAGGAGGCGCAGCAUUUGCGGUCAACCUAUGUGAGAGAACAUGUACGUGCAGGGAGUUUCAGCUGCUAACAAUCCCUUGUUCUCAUGCCAUAGCGGCAGCAAUACAAGAAGGAAUCAGAGUGGACACGUUAGUUGGAGUCCAUCACACCAACCCCCAGCUUAGGUUGUCUUACCAAGCGCUAAUAAUGCCGGUACCCGACACGGAGACACUGACUCCUUCCCCAAAUGAUGUAGGGGGUGGGAAACUGGCUCCACCAUAUGUUCGGAGACCGCCUGGCCGCCCAAGGAAACGAAGAUUAUUUUCAAGAGGCGAGUUCAAGAGAACAUCAAGGAAAAGAUGCUCACGAUGCAAGUCAUUAGGAGAAAUAGAGAACGGAAGGAAGGACGUUUUUUGGCGACUAAAGCGAUGGAUGGAUGUUGUCAGGAUUAACAAAGAAAUUGGCCUGGCUAUGUGAAAUAAAUAAGGAACUCAAGGGAUCAGAAAAUUUUUAAUUGUGCAUACGUACGGCUGCUGUUCUCUAAAUGUAAAAUUAUCGUAUCCCAUCCAUCUUUAAUCAAGGAAUGUUCAAUAU